GAAGAAACUAUAAUAUUUAGAAAACAAGUAGAACAAUUAACUAAUGAUCAAGAACUUAAAAAAGACAAUAUGUCUAAAUCAAUUACAAAAAUUUUUACUAAAGAAAGAUCAAGUGAUUCAUGA